AUGGAGGACCCUCCCUACGUUGCUUGGAUGAAGGAACAGAAGAAGCAGGGGAAGCAGCCGCCCUCAAUCAAACGUCUGGCGAAGGUUAAGCGUGACUUCGCUGGAGCCUCCACAAGCGGAGGAUCGCGACUCGCGUACGAAGAAGGCGCGGACACCGACGUGAGCGACGAUGACCUCGAAGAAAUCGUCUCUGAGUCGGACAGUGAAGCCGACUCCGAAAACUACAAGGAGGGCUCGGACGAUGACGACGACGAAUCCGACGCGGGAGAGGAGGGGAGCGGCGACGAUCGCAGCACCCGCGCGUCGAAGAAGGAAAAGCGCCCAAAGCCCUCGAGCAACAAGAAGCAGUGGUCGGACGCCGAGCUCACUUCACUGGCCGCCGCCAAGUGGGUUACGAAGGAUGACCUGAAGGCCAUGCAAGACAAGCAGGGGAGUCAGUAUUGGAAGAAGCUGCGUGCGCACAUCGUCGAGGCGGAGCCGGAUUGGAACCGUGACGAGGGACAGAUGUCGAACGCAUGGAAACGCCUCGAGAAGAAAUACUUCAAAACGAAGCGUGGAGAAUCUGAAAGCGGCGCCAAGGCCGUCAAGAAGAAGCCGUGGUGGGAGUACGUCUACAAUAUGAAGCACUCCGCCAAGGCCAAGGCGCAUGCACUUGAUGGUGGAGGUGCCGCGACUGUGGACGUCGACGCAUACGCGCCAGUACCAGGCACGAAUGACCGUGAGCCGUCGGGCACGCCCGACCUCGGUCAUCCCCGGGCAUCCCGCCGUCCUUCUGCACCUGCUGGUAAGUUCUCUAUUCUUUGUCCUGUUAGGGAUUUUCGUACUCCCCCAUACGCACGUGUAUUGAUGGGUUUUAAAAAAUUGCUUGCACCAUAUGAGGAUUAA